AAUGAGAGUAGGUAAGACCCUUGUGGGGUGAGUGGGAAAGACAGGACAGGCGAAGAAUAGUGUUGGAGAGAGUGCCAGGGCUAAACCCAGCAGCUAAGCACUCGUGGGGUGAUGUGGAGAACAGCAGCAGGAAGAACAGGCUGUGCUGGCAGCAGACAGUGGUACACUGGAGGGUAGCAGGAUUGGUCGCAGGAGAGGGCAGGUUGCUUGUAGAUGUUAUCUCUACUGAUAAUUAAGUUUAAUGGUUAUGUGGCGAACUGCAGCUAUCAUUGGUGUGACCAGUGCCCUUUGGGCAGCUGGGAAGCAAGAGUUAUCCAUUGGAGGUAUCUUGCUGCCCAAGCUGAGUUGUCUGCAAUUUUUAUCUGUGGCUGCAGGCAUCUACAUAACCACUGGUGGCUACUACACUCUCUGGCUUGCCUACAAAACCCUUCCCAGAGACCUUGUUGCUGGGUUCAGGUAUCUGAAAGUGCGGUUAAAGCUCAAUUGGGCCCUCUAUUGCAACCAUACUGUUCCAAAGCUUUUUAUGGAGAAUGUUAGACGGAAUCCUAAUAAAGUUGCACUUAUAUUUGAAGGUCAGAAAUGGACAUUUGCUCAGAUUGAUGAAUAUAGCAACCGUGUUGGCAACUUCCUGGUGGAGCGAGGGUACAAGCAUGGGGACACUGUAGCACUGUUCAUGUAUAAUCGGCCAGAAUAUGUGUGUGUCUGGUUAGGAUGUGCAAAGGUGGGAGUUGUUCCAGCUCUAAUCAACUUUAAUUUGCGACAGUUACCCUUGAUGCACUCAGUUCAAGUUGCUGAUUCAAAGGCAAUUAUUUGUGGAGAAGACCUACAGGAAGCAACUGGUGGAAUUCUGGAUAAAGUAAACUUGCCAGUGUAUGUGUCUGGCUGUGAUAAAGCAUCACCCUCCUUGAAGGGGGCUGAGAACCUAGACUCUUUGUUGUGUACCUCAAGUCCAACGCCACCACCUCAGAUAGAUUCAUUAUCAGCCAAAGACAAACUGAUUUACAUCUAUACAUCUGGAACGACUGGACUACCAAAGGCUGCCAUCAUCAAGCAUUAUAGGUAUAUGUUCUUCUCUAGUGGUGUUCACUAUAUGAUUGCCCUGGGAGAUGAUGAGGUUUUAUACAAUCCGCUUCCUCUGUAUCACAGUGCUGGGGGUAUGGUUGGCAUCGGCCAGGUUUUGUUAUUUAACAACACUGCAGUGAUACGCCAAAAGUUCUCUGCAUCACAGUACUGGGUUGAGGCCAAGAAAUAUGACUGCACUGUCGCCCAAUACGUAGGAGAGAUCUGUCGCUACCUCCUCAAAACUCCAGAGAAACCCGAAGACAAACAGCAUAAGGUCAGAGUGAUGUUUGGCAAUGGUGUGAGACCUCAGAUCUGGACUCAGUUUACAUCUCGUUUUAAUAUGCCUUGCAUAGCUGAAUUUUAUGGAGCCACUGAAAGUAUUUCAAACAUUAUGAACAUCGAAGGGAAGCCGGGUGCAUGUGGCUUUGUGUCGGUGCUGUUUCGACAUGCCUACCCUGCCUAUUUGAUCAAGAUUGAUGAGGAAACUGGUGAACCUCUCAGAGACAAAAAUGGACUUUGUAUUUUGUGUAAACCUGGAGAAGCAGGGGAGUUUGUAGCAUUAAUCAGAAAAAAUCACCCAAUUCUUGACUUUCAUGGUUAUGCUGACAAGAAGGCUACUGAGAAAAAGGUAGCUAAAGAUAUAAUGAAGAAGGGUGACAUGGCCUUCAGAUCUAGUGAUAUUCUCAUUAUGGAUGAAUUGGGCUACUUGUACUUUAAAGACCGUACAGGUGACACUUUCCGGUGGCGUGGUGAGAAUGUUUCAUCAACAGAGGUUGAGGGAGUGGUUUCCAAGGUGGCUGGAAAUAAAGAUGCUGUUGUGUAUGGAGUUGAGGUACCAGGUGCUGAAGGUCGGGCUGGAAUGGCAGCAGUUGUUGACCCAGAGGGUGAGCUUAACCUACAGAGCUUUAAAGAGGGCAUCAAGGAGGCCUUACCAUCUUAUGCUUGUCCACUCUUUCUAAGAGUACUGCAGGAAAUUGAUGUUACAGGCACUUUUAAGCUGAAGAAAUUGUCACUGCAGAAGGAAGGCUUUAAUCCCACCAUCAUAAAAGACAAGCUUUAUUUUUUUGAUGCCAAACUUGGGAAGUAUGUAGAACUUACUGUUGAACUCUUCAACAAAAUUGACAGAGGACAAGCUGGCUUGUAAAAGCACUUUUGAAAAAUAUUUCAUCUCAUUUCUAAACUUUUUUUUCUUUUUUAAUUUGAAUUUUGAAGUUUAUGUACUUCCAGUAAGACAGCUGUUGAAUGAACACUGGUGAAUGUUUUCCUCUUUGGGGUCACCCUACCUUGCUGGGUAAUAGUCUAUGAAUUGAUUACUAAAAAACAUGAAAGAAAUUUUAAAGUUGUUUCAAUUUACAUGAAUAUAGUACAGACGAUGAAAAAAAUAGAUUUUUAACAUUAUAAAUGAAGGGACGCUCGAUAUCCUGGCACUAAGCAAAGCAAAGUUAAAAGGGGUGAGAGAAUAUCAUUGGGAAUGAGUAAAUGGAGUUAAAUCAGGUGUCUGGGAGAACUAGAACUAAUGAUGGGAUAGCGGUACUGUUAAAUGAUCAGCUAGAGAGAGGAGGGGGUAUAGGUGUUUGAAGUUCAAGAAUUAUAUGGAUUAGAACAAAAAUGGGUUGAGAUAUGGAUUAUAGUAAGUGUUUAUGCACCUAGUGGGUGAAACAAUUAAGUGAAUGUAACCUAAAGGGUUUUGAACCAAGGGAAUAAUUGCUAAGUGAAAGAGACUUCUAGACGGCUUAGUAGAUAAGUUUAUAGUUCCGGGGAUAAAUGAUAAGGGGGCCUCUAAUGAAAUUAUAUAUAGAAAAUGUUUAAUAAUAGGUAAUACUGUACUUAUUUUAAGGAAAAGAUUGAUAAAUAAGUAAAUAUGAUAUAGUGUUCAGUUACAACAGUUAAAGGACUAUGAGACUAGAGAGGUAAAUCAUGGAAUAGGAUAGAAAAAAAGGUGGAUGGAGUGUUGAGGCAUCUGUGAAAGGAAGAGAAUUUUUCUAUCGAGUCAGAAAAAAAAAAAAAAAAAGGCAUGGGCUUUAUGGUGUGAGUAUUAUGCUGAGAACAUGAAACCUACAAUUAGAAGACAGUGCGGAGUUAAUCAAAGUGUAAUUCAGUAUGCAAAGAACGGUGGGGCUAAUGUGGUUUGGGCAAUUAGCUGAUGGAGUAGAAUAGGAUGACAAAGAGGGAGUAUAAACCUGGGGUGGAAGGAAAAAGGGAUAGGCGUCAUCCCAGGAAGGGCUGGAGGGAGGGUGUAGAGGUAGCUUAGAAUGCUAGGGGGUUGAGCAUCCAGCAGGCUUGUGUGAGCAUGUUAAAUUGGCGUAAGUGAAGAUACAGGUCCGCCAUCACUAAUCCGGCAUCAUUGGGACCUGUAGUGUGCCGGUUUAGUGCAUUUGCAUGAUUACAGAGUGGUUAGAUUAGAAUACGCUUAAUUAACAUAUCAGUAGAGAGACUUUCCGCUGCAUCUUCCUCAACUUCAUCACUGCUUUCUCCUCCACUGGCUUGCUGCUGUGGAUUUACAGAUUUACAACUAUCUGCACAAUUUCUGAGUCAGUACAGUGAUGAAAUUUGAGUCAGCAUAAUAAUUAGUCAUUAUAAUAAUGAAAUUUGAAAUUAUGCAAGCCGAAAUUAGUGCCGGAUUACUGAUGGGACCAGAUAACUGAUUGCCGGAUUAGUGAUGGCUGACCUGUAAAUAGUUUUAAAUCCUUGAUGCUUUGUUUGUGUGCAAGAUAACAUUUACAAUGGGACUCGUAGGAACUAGUUACUGGACUCGAGUCGUGCAGAUGGGAAUUACAGAACCUGCACUAUGAAGAAGUGACAAGGAUGUUGCAGUUCUAUGGGUAGUUGAGUUGUGAUGUCUAUGCACUUCUGGUAAGACAGCUGUUGACUGAAUUAUGGUGAAUGUUUUUCCAUUUUUAGGUCACCCUGACUUGGUGUGAGACGGUGUAUUAAAAUACAAUGGUUCCUAACCGCUGCAUAGAGGUGGACCCCACCUAAGUAAAACCACUGAAAACUAAAAGCAUUCUAUAUUUUAGUAGUCAUUAUUAAAUAUUUUUAAACUAGUUGGUGCUAGCAACUCACUAUUUGACAUAGUAGUAUUGCAGUUUGGCUUAGAAGUCUGGUGAUAAUGACCCUUAUUUAUAUAUAUAUCUAUACUGGAAAUACCUUGCUGUAUAUAUUGAAGACAUGCCACAAAAAUUUGCCAAAGCUGUGUUUUAUGAAUAUUUACUAAACUGUACAUUGUAAAACAAAAUUAAUUUACCAUGUUUCCUAUAUGUGGAAGUAGUAUUGUACAAUAUAUGUACUAGUUUCUAUAUCUGAAAAGCAUAGGAUUUGAAAUCAUUUAGGAAAUGCAUGUUUUACUGGAUAUAUACAAAGACUUCCAUAUAUGGGAUAUUAUUUUAAUAGUUUUGUUAAGUUGUCCUCUGGGAAGAGGAUAGCUAUUUGUUAAAUGAAAGGCUUGAAGGUACUAAUUACAGUACAUUAUACUGUUCAAGUAGAAAAUUAAUUGCAUGCUCAUGCAAUACCAAAGCAAUAGAAGCUUUAAAAACAGCUAAUUCAGUUAAGAUGUUUUAAGUAUUCAAUUAUUUGAUUUCAACACUGAAUGACCCAUACUGGUUUAAGUGCUUAUUUGUGAAAGCUGAAUAAUAAAAUUAUUAUAUAAAAAUAAUAGUAAUGAUAAUAUUUGAUUUAUUUAUAUUUUUUGCAUGAAAAUUUAUUGAAAAAUUUGCAGAUAACAACAACUUGGGCAAAAUAUCUUGAGCUCAGUUGAAUAAAUGAUGUAAAAUUGAAAAUGCAACUCCUGGUUAUUGUACGGUAAUUAUUUUUCAGAUAAGCAAAAUUUUACAUUAUAUCCCCAAAGAUGUAUUCAUAAUGUUAGCUCUUAUUGACCCACGUGGUCUUUGCAUUUUUUCGUGAAUAUGGCACAGUGGAACACUGUAUGUUUGGACAUGGAUGGCUCGUAUAUUUGGAAACUGUUUUGAUCCUCAGAAAAUAGUUUUAGAAUGAGAAAAUGAAAGUUCCAAGACAACAGUAUAGUGGAUCCCUAGCAUUAAUUCAUUCCUGAAUAUUGUGUGUAAGUUGAUUGUUCAGACCUCGGGACCAAUUUUCUCAUAGGUAUCCUUGUUAUAAUUGGAGAGUCUUUCCCCAAACCAUAAUAUAAUUUAUGUAAUGUCGCCUACUUUUUUAACUAAGAAAAAUUGCCCAAAAUUUUACAUUCAGUACUAUUCUGUUUUAUUUACAAAUACUGUUAAACAUUGUUUAAUAUAGUGAAUAGAGCUACAUGUUUAUUCAGCCAGACUGUCUCAGAGAGAGAGAGAGAGAGAGAGAGAGGGGGGGGGGGGAUAUAUUGUGCUGGUAAGGUAAUAGCAAUUACAUUGUGGUAUAUGAAAUAGGUGGUAAGUUACUAAAUGCUGUAAAGAGUUUUUAUGAGGAUAGUGAGGCUCAGGUUAGGGUGUGUAGAAGAGAGGGAGACUACUUCCCGGUAAAAGUAGGUCUUAGACAGGGAUGUGUAAUGUCACCAUGGUUGUUUAAUAUAUUUAUAGAUGGGGUUGUAAGAGAAGUAAAUGCUAGGGUGUUCAGGAGAGGGGUAGGAUUAAAUUAUGGGGAAUUAAAUACAAAAUGGAAAGUAACACAGUUACUUUUUGCCGAUGAUACUGUGCUUAUGGGAGAGUCUAAAGAAAAAUUGCAAAGGUUAGUGGACGAAUUUGGGUGUGUGCGUGUAAAGGUAGAAAGUUGAAAGUGAACAUAGAAAAGAGUAAGGUGAUGAGAGUAUCAAAUGAUUUAGAUAAAGAAAAAUUGGAUAUCAAAUUGGGGAGGAGGGGUAUGGAAGAAGUGAAUGUUUUCAGAUAUUUGGGAGUUGACGUGUCAGCAGAUGGAUUUAUGAAGGAUGAGAUUAAUCAUAGAAUUGAUGAAGGAAAAAAGGUGAGUGGUGCAUUGAGCUAUAUGUGGAGGCAAAAAAUGUUAUCUAUGGAGGCAAAGAAGGGAAUGUAUGAAAGUGUAGUAGUACCAACACUCUUAUAUGGGUGUGAAGCUUGGGUUGUAAAUGCUGCAGCGAGGAGGCGGUUGGAGGCAUUGGAGAUGUCCUGUCUAAGGGCAAUGUGUGGUGUAAAUAUUAUGCAGAAAAUUCGGAGUGUGGAAAUUAGGAGAAGGUGUGGAAUUAAUAAAAGUGUUAGUCAGAGGGCUGAAGAGGGUUUGUUGAGGUGGUUUGGCCAUUUAGAGAGAAUGGAUCAAAGUAGAAUGACAUGGAUAGCAUAUAAAUCUGUAGGGGAAGGAAGGCGGGGGUAGGGGUCGUCCUCAAAAAGAUUGGAGGGAGGGGGUAAAGGAGGUUUUGUGGGCGAGGGGUUUGGACUUUCCAGCAAGCGUGCAUGAGCGUGUUAGAUAGGAGUGAAUGGAGACAAAUGGUAUUUGGGACCUGACGAGCUGUUGGAGUGGGAGCAGGGUAAUAUUUAGUGAAGGGAUUCAGGGAAACUGGUUAUUUUAUAUAACCGGACUUGAGUCCUGGAAAUGGGAAGUACAAUGCCUGCACUCUAAAGGAGGGGUUUCGGAUGUUGACAGUUUGGAGGGAUAUAUUGUGUAUUUUUUAUACGUAUAUACUUCUAAACUGUUGUGUUCUGGGCACCUCUGCAAAAACAGUGAUUAUGUGUGAGUGAGGUGAAGGUGUUGAAUGAUGUUGAAAGUAUUUUUUUGGGGGGGAUUUUCUUUAUUUUUGGGUCACCCUGCCUCGGUGGGAGACAGCCGACUUGUUGGAAAAAAAAAAAAUAGUGAACUCCCGCAACAUUACAGUGUUACAGCAUUUCAUUUAUACAUCUUUAAGUAAUGUUUUAGCUAAUUGAAAAUUGGCAGUGAUGAUGUCAUCACUUAAGUGAUGCUGACAAUAUUAAAGAAAUGUUAAUCUCUGUAUAUAUAUAUCCUUUGUCCAUUUAAAUACACGUUUGUGAUUUUUUCUUGUAGGCAACACUUCGAUGUAGGAAGGGUUUGCACACCACAUGAUUAGUACAACACCAGUCUCAUGGCUGUGUGGACAGCUGCCUUAUAUCACUCGUGGUUUUCAACUUUCAUCCUCUGAUAUUUUCCUUAUUUAUAGAGCUAUGUCAUUGAACAGUUUGUCUUACAAUUUUUCCAAAGUCAAUAUUUUGGAGUGAGGAUAGUGAGACUCGGGUUAGGGUGUGUAGGAGAGAGGGAGAUUAUUUCCCAGUAAAAGUAGGUCUUAGACAGGGAUGUAUGUCACCAUAGUUGUUUAACAUAUUUAUAGAUGGGGUUGUAAAAGAAGUAAAUGCUAAGGUGUUGGGAAGAAGGGUAGGAUUAAAUUAUAGGGAAUCAAAUACAAAAUGGGAGUUGACAUAGUUACUACUUUUUGCUCAUGAUACUGUGCUUUUAGGAGAGUCUAAAGAAAAGUUGCAAAGGUUAGUGGACGAGUUUGGGAGGGUGUGUAGAGGUAAAAAGUUGAAAGUGAACAUAGAUAAGAGUAAGAUGAUGAGUGUAUUAAAUGAUUUAGAUAAAGAAAAAUUGGAUAUCACAUUGGAGGGAGGGAAAAUGGAAAUGUGAAUAUGUUCAGAGAUUUAGGAGUUGACUUGUCAGCAGAUGGGUUUAUGAAGGAUGAGGUUAACCAUAGAAUUGAUGAAGGAAAAAAGGUGAGUGGUGCUUUGAGGUAUCCGAGACAAAAAACAUUUUCCAUGGAGGCAAAUAAGUGAAUGUACGAGUGUCUGGUGGUACCAACAGUGCUACCAACACUCUUAUAUGGGUGUGAAGCAUGGGUUGUAAAUGCUUCAGCAAGGAGGAGGCUGGAGGCAGAUUAGAUGUGUCUAAGGGCAAUGUGUGGUGUAAAUAUUAUGCAGAGAAUUCGUAGUGUGGAAAUUAGGAGGAGGUGUGGAGUUACUAAAAGUAUUAGUCAGAGGGCUGAAGAGGGGUUGUUGAGGUGGUUUGGUCAUUUAGAGAGAAUUGAUCGAAGUAGAAUGACUUGGAGAGCGUAUAAAUCUGUAGGGGAAGGAAGGCGGGGUAGAGGUCAUCAUCAAAAAGGUUGGAGAGGAGGAUAGGGGUCAUCCUCCAAAAGGUUGGAGGGAGGGGGUGAAGGAGGUUUUGUGGGCAAGGGACUUAGUCUUCUAGCAAGCAUGCUCGAGCAUGUUAGAUAGGAGUGAAUGGAGACGAAUGGUUUUUGGGACCUGACGACCUGUUGGAGUGUGAGCAGGGUAAUAUUUUGUGAAGGGAUUCAGGGAAACCGGUUAUUUUUUAUAUAGCCGGACUUGAGUACUGGAAAUGGGAAGUACAAUGCCUGCACUUUUAAGGUGGGGUUUGGGAUAUUGGCAGUUUAGAGGAACAUCUAAACUGUUGUGUCUGAGCACCUCUGCAAAGACAGUGAUUAUGUAUGAGUGAUGGUGAAAGUGUUGAGUGAUGAAAUGGCCGACGUGUUAAAAAAAAAUUAGGAGUGAAUUUAUUUUCCCUAAUUUUGGGAAUUUUUUUUAUUGCCACAAAUGCAUUUUUUGUUUGUUAUAUUGUCAGAGUUUGUUUUAGCUAAUCUUAUCAACUGGGAUACAUUAGGUAAAAAAUUAACUAGGAAAAAAUAUUAUAAUUCUGCCUUACAACAAUCUUAAGUAUUAAAUCUAUAGAUGUUGAGGGCUGAAGAGGGGUUGUUGAGGUGGUUUGGUCAUUUAGAGAGAAUAGAUCAUAGUAGUAUGACAUGGAGAGCGUAUAAAUCUGUAGGGGGUAGGAAGGCGGUGCAGGGGUCAUCCUCGAAAAGGUUGGAGGGAGAGGGUAAAGGAAGUUUUGUGGGUGAGGGGCUUGGACUUUCAGCAAGCAUGUGUAAAUGUGUUAGAUAGGAGUGAAUGGAGAUGAAUGGUUUUUGGGACCUGAUGAGCUGUUGGAGUGUGAGCAGAGUAAUAUUUAGUGGGGGGAUUCACGGAAACUGGUUCUUUUUAUAUAGCCAGACUUGAGUCCUGGAAAUGGGAAGUACAAUGCCUGCACUUUAAAGGAGGGGUUUGGGAUAUUGGCAGUUUGGAGGGAUAUAUCUUUAUAUAUGCUUCUAAACUGUUGUAUCUGGGUGUCUCUGCAAAAACAGUGAUUAUAUAUGAGUGAGGUGAAAGUGUUGAAUGAUGAUGAAAGUAUUUUCUUUUUGGGGAUUUUCUUUCUUUUUGGGUCACCCUGCCUUGGGAGGAGACGGCUGACUUGUUGGAAAAAAAAUUUUUGAGCAGUCUCAGUCAAGCUAGUGUGAGCUGUCUAUACAUGCACAAAAUGAACAUAUAUAAUUUUUUUUUUUUUUUUUUAUCCCCAAAAAGAAAAUACUUUCAUCAUCAUUCAAUACUUUAACCUCACUCACACAUAAUCACUGUCUUUGCAGAGGCACUCAGAUACAACAGUUUAGAAGCAUAUAUAAGAUAUCCCUCCAAACUGCCUAUAUCCCAAACCCCUCCUUCCAAGUGCAGGCAUUGUACUUCCCAUUUCCAGUACUCAAGUCCGGCUUUAUAAAAAUAACUGGCUUCCCUUAAUCCCUUCACUAAAUGCUACCCUGCUCACACACCAACAUCUUGUCAGGCCCCUAAAAGUCAUUCGUAUCCAUUCACUCCUAUCUACCAUGCUCACACAUGCUUGCUGGAAGUUCAAGCCCUUCACCCACAAAACCUCCGUUACCCCCUCCCUCCAACCUUUUGGAGGACGACCCCUACCCUGCCUUCCUUCCCCUACAGAUUUAUAUGCUCUCCAAUGACCAAACCACCUCAACAACCCCUCUUUAGUCCUCUGGCUAAUACUCUUAGUAACUCCACACCUCCUCCUAAUUUCCAUACUCCGAAUUCUCUGCAUAAUAUUUACACCACACAUUGCCCUUGGACAGGACAUCUCCUCUGCCUGUAGGCACCUCCUCACUGCAGCAUUUGCAACCCAAGCUUCACACCUAUAUAAGAGAGUUGGUAACACUAUACAUUUGUACAUUCCCUUCUUUGGCUCCAUGGAUGACGUAUCCCACUUUGACGGUUUUUUCCUUUUCUUUCUAGUAGGCUAUAUGGGAAAAGGGGUUACUAGCCCAUUGUUCCCGGCAUUUUAGUUGACUUUUACAACACGCAUGGCUUACGGAGGAAAGAUUCUUAUUCCACUUCCCCAUGGAUAUGAAAAGAAAAGCAGUAAGAACAAGAACUAUUAAGAUAAAAUCAAAGAAAACUCAGUGAUUGUAUAUACAGUAAAUGUGUAUAUAACCAGACUUGAGUCCUGGAAAUGGGAAGUACAAUGCCUGCACUCUAAAGGAGGGGUUUGGGAUAUUGGCAGUUUGGAGGGAUAUAUUAUGUAUUUUUAUACGUAUAUACUUCAAAACUGUUGUAUUCUGGGCACCUCUGCAAAAACAGUGAUUAUGUGUGAGUGAGGUGAAAGUGUUGAAUGAUGAUGAAAGUAUUUUCUUUUUGGGGAUUUUCUUUCUUUUUGGGUCACCCUGCCUCGGUGGGAGACGGCUGUCUUGUUGAAAAAAAAAAAUGUAUGUGUAGUGUGACCUAAGUGUAUUUAGAAGUAACAAGAUGUACCUGAAAUCUUGCAUGUUUGAGACAGAAAAAAAAAAAGACACCAGCAGUCCUACCAUCAUGUAAAACAAAUAAAGGCUUUCUUUUUACACUUACUUGGUAGGACGGAAGUACCUUCCUGAAUGGUUGCUGUCUACCAACCUACUACCAUGAAUGAAUCCAUGUAUGAAUUCAUUUUGUACAAAUGAGAAAAAAUUAUUGUAAUUUAGCCUUAGAAGAAUUGUAAAUAUUAAACCUCCAGUUAUUUUCCAAUCUCAAAGAAAUGCAAGUUCUCUGUACACGUAUGAAAUGCACAUAAAGUGUGAAAGGAUUUGGUAGAAAAAAUGAGAAAAUGACAUUCAAAAUUCAGCCUUAAGUAAUUCAUAACUAGUCCUGUGUUUUGGAAGUGCAAGUCUGUGUUUGUUAGUCAUUAACCCUUUCACUGUCAAGACCCCUGAUCUUGAACUCACUCUGUGUCGAAAAAUUUAAAAGAAAAAUUAAUUUAUGAAAUGAUAGAGAAUCUUUUCCCGAUGGUAAUGACACCAAAAGUACGAAAUUUGAUGGAAAAACUUGUGGAAUUACCCUCUCACAGCGAAGUUAGCGAUCUCGGCGAUAUUUACACAUCUGUGAUUUUGCCCACUUUGAGCCCUCUUUUCAGCCAAUUCCAUCAUUCCAGUCGACCAAACUCAUAGCCUUUUUGCUAAAACUCCAUUUGUUCUAUCAAUUGAAUGCAAGAAAUUGCUCAUUGACUGAUUUCAGCUACCCAAUAAAGUGAUCAGGAAUUGGUAAUUUGGCCAAUUUCAUACAUAAUUCAAGUAAGGCCAAUUUCAAAAUAAGGACCAGAAUGAACAAUGCAGACAUUCCUAGCACUAAAAUAACGUCUCUGUUCAAACCAUACCACGGGUGGGGUUAGAACCCGCAAUCUGGAGUUUUGAGACUGAUAGUGGGUUCUAACCCCACCCGUGGUAUGGUUUGUUUCCAAUUGUGUCAUUACAAUUUCGUGAGUCACCUUCUCUGUUCAUUAAUCACGUCUCCAGGCCCCUCUUAUAUUACGUUUGCUUUCCAUUUUGAAUUUUUAUUCAUGCAAAAAAUAGAAGAUUUACUGUUUUGCAGACUAUUGCACUUUUGUAAAAAUGGUAUAAAUAAUAUCAGCACACUUUUGAAAGAAUAUUAGACUUACCAGUUCACAUGUAUUGGGUGCGUGGCGUGAUAUGUUUGCUCUUGAACAUCAGCAAAAAUCAAACAUUUCCGCUACUUUGAGCUCAAUUUCAAAGUACUUUUAGUCCAAAAACCAUUCAAAAUCAAUUCUAUUUCUGUAAUAUAUCUUCCACUCUAUCAAAUGAGACCAAGACAACGAGAAUAUGGCUAUAAAUACUAUACGAAAAUACACUGCAAAGUUAAUGUUUGAAACCAAACACACAGUUGGAGUUUUUUUUUUUUUAUUAUGCACUGCGUGCUGCAGGAUUUUUUUUAUACAGUGCACACUGACCACUCAGACCCAUUCUCUCACAUGUAGGUCUACCAGCUUUUGGCGUAGUACUACAGCACCAACACUGGCUUGUAAGCCGUAGUACUACGGCACCAACAGUGAAGGGGUUAACUAGUUAAACAGCCAUCCAUAUAUGUUCAGUAGCUUUAUAUACAUUAGACAUUUGUGCAGAAAUUGCAGAGUUUGUGGGAAAAUAUAAUGGAAGUCUAGUUAGCAGGAAGUGAUGGUAAUGAACAGGUAGGUGGCAGGUUGUGGAUACUUAUCUCUUAACAUGCAUUCUGCUAUUAAUAUUUACGUAUGUGCCUUAUCAAGUACUGCCAUCUAAGUUUUAUGUUAAAUAAGAUUCAAAGAUGAAAUAUUGUCAUUAAAGCUGAAAAACUAGAAAACAUGGUAGACUUUCACAAGAUUCCUGGCAUUGCCACAUAAACCUACAUAUUUUAGCACUAAUUUUAUCACACUUAAUUUUCAUGUCCUAUAUCAUGUACUAACGUACACAAGGUUUAUGGCUAUGAAUGCUGUCAUAAUUAUACAUCAUAAUUUAUGUUCAAUGAAGGAAUUUUGUUUGAAUGAAAACUUCGAAAUAAAGACAGACAGCUGAUAAUGAACGUAUUCUGCAUCCAUGAAGUUUUUGUGUGGCUUGCCCUUCUCCUCCACACACUUCCUCUUAAUGCUAAGCCUUACAUCAUUCUGCACUGUUAGAAAUGCUAACUACAGACUUCAUCAGAUGUGCAACAUUCUAUUUUGCUGGAUUAUAUUCUAAGUCAAAGAUUUAUUUCCACAUAAUGCAGUGUUUGUACAGAGAUGGGUGACAUUGGUUGUGCAUGGAUAAAGCCUGUGGUUAUAUUACAUGCAGAAAGCCCAUGGUUAUAUUACAUACAGAAAGGCCAUGGUUAUGGACUUUCUAUAUGUAAUAUGUAAAUGAAAUAAGCUACUGACGCCACUAAAAAAGCCAUACCACGGGCGAGGAUAGAACCCACAAUCAGAGAGUCGUAAAACUUAUCUCAUACCAUGCUGAAGCCACUGCUAGCCACCAUUGGCCACCACCAGCAGCUUCCUCCCAUCAACUGUUUAAUUGUUCAGAAAGCCUUUGUUUAGAGAGUUUUCUGUUUCAUUCACUUAACAAUUAUUACAAAGUAUAAUUAUGACACGCACAACUAUAAGCCUCGUACAUGAUAAAUCAUAAGAGUUUGUUGUUAUUAGUACAACUGUUUGCAUCUCUUUCUUUUUCUUGUGAAUCAAUUAGAUUUUCAUGGUCACUAUUUUUAGACAGAUCAGAACUUCAAACAGCCUCCUUUUCCAAUCAAGCCGAACUUAUGGUGUUCCACUAGUAAUAAUAUAUGCAUAAUGUGUCCUGGAUGGUACACAAGCACGUGUACUGUAAGCAUAAUGUUAUCAGUAUUUGCUUAUAACUACCCAUACUUAUAAUUGAAGUUGGUGCUGUAGAUGCAUAAUUCCUGCCUUUAAUUAAUAAGCUUCUAGUAUAAGGUCUGUAGUAUAUAGAAAAUAUUUGAGCUUAUACAAACUGUGUCCUUGUCUAUUUUAGUACAAGUUUUGUUUUACUACCAUACAGUAACAGGUGGAUAUAAACAAUGGAUUCUUUUUGGUAAGUGCUCUUAUAAAGUACAAUUGUUACACAAACUUUUUUACCUCAAGAACUGGCAAGUCUUCAUUAUGAAUUUAUGUACUGUACGAGACAACAAUACUUGAAGAGUGCUCUAGGAAACGUGUGUAUAAAAUUUAAAUAUGCAGUACUCGUUCCUGCCAUGCACAUAAUUUGUUACUUUAUGGAAGUUGAUAAAUCAAACUAAGAAAUGUAAAGAUUAAUGGAGGGGAAGUAUGUACAGUAAACCCUCUUAUAACAUGACAUCACAUAGUACGAUUUUGUGUAUAUGUGAUUAAAACAGUGUAUCCAAAAUUUCAUUGCUCACUUUAAAAGAGCUUUGGUAUAUAUUAGUGUCAUAAAUCUAAAAACAAGUAUUGUAAUUCCAUUAGGUUCCUCCAUAGAAUUUCUCAGUUUGAUGAGUACCUUCCAUUCCUCUUACUCUCCCACUGUUCUUGAUAAGCAAGUGAUGCCCACUUGACAAUUUUUAAUACAAUUAAGGUUUUCCCAAAAUUUAUAUAACUUAUGAUUGCUUAAUUUAUAUAAAACACCUGUAUAAAAUGAUCGAAGAGAAUAUUCAUUAUGCAUUAAUACCACGAAUUAAAAAAAGAUCAAUAUCUUCAUUAUUAUAAUUACACUAAUUACACAUUCACAUGCUAUCUGAUGUACCUAUUCUAGCUUUAUUGUUACAAUUGAUGAACAUUUUUAUUGAUUGAAAAAAGUGUGAAUAAGUGUUUAAACAAGAAAGUUAAUUUGACCGAAUUGCUGUGCAUACAGUACUACGGACUUCUUGCGAUGUGUGUGUCACCUGUAUGCUUUUUAUAAAAAAAAAUUAUUAUUAUUUUAUCAAUAUUGCUGUGAGCCAAAGCCAGAGUUAACCGCUCUCUCCACAUAUCUGGGGCACAGCUUCUCACAACAUAUUACUUUUCUUAUUGACUCUCGUUAGUUUUUCAGAUGCAUUGAUCUUUAGUAUGUUUGUUUGGUAUAGGUGUGCUAAGUUCUUAUUUGUUUGCUACAGUUUGAUAAGGAAAUGUGGCUGUUAUUUUUGUGAUGUAAACAUGUCCUUAGUUUGUGUCAGCUGAUAAACUCCUCUACAUCCAACUUAGCCCAGUAGACCCACAUUGCCCUUCCCAACACCUUUCAGUGCUUCAAAUAACUACUAACAGAAUAUAAGAUAAAUAAUAUUGUAGAAAUUUUUACCUUGUAUGAUAGUAAAACUAAAAAUUUAAUUGUCACAUUUGGAGGUGCUUGGAAUAUAACAUCUUUUUUUUCAUGUUCUUCACUUUACAAAACACUGGUUUUCAUAAGGUGCAGAUUUUCAGGAACAUAAGCUGCUUGUUACAAGAGGGUUUACUAAUAUGCAAAAUACAUUUUAUAUAAUGUAAUGUAAAUGUAGAGUAUUGGAGACAGAGUGCAAGAAAUUCUCAUCUUGAAUUCAUGUUUUUAUUCAUAAUUUGAUUAUUCUGAAGCAAAUGAAGUUUGAUCCUCCCAUUUACUGACUCCCCACCCUCCCUGACAAGAGCUGUGUGUAUGACUACCUGACCACAUCAGGUGCCUUUGUUUUUUAUACAGUAAGUACUAGUACAUCAAGAUGUUUGUUUUUAGACCAAGUUAUUCCCUCUAGUACAGUAUAUCUAAAUACUGUGUUAUUUUCUAGUUGGAUUUUCUUAGAAAAACACACUUUAUAUUUGUAUGUAUGAGGAGAGAGUAGAGUAUGUAAGGAACAGUAUAUUGUAUUUUAUAUUAUACUGUGCUUUAAAGUUUUGUAUGACAUUAUUUGAGUACAGGCUGCUAAUUAUUUAAAUAUAUGAAUUGAAACUGUUGCAUAUAAAAAUAAAAGCUAAGCUAAUAUUUUUAUAUGCAAAAUGCAGCUUUGAGACCUUAUGGAUUCAUAAUCUUUCUAAUGUAAACAUGAUACUUCUAUUAUAGUAAUAUAUUGCUGUUUAUCUAAACAAUCUGUGUUCAUCUUGUCCAUGGUCCUUUCUUUGUGUGUGUUUAUUAACCAUAUAACUUAAAUCCGUGAAUGCUGGGUCAGUAGCAAUGAAUAUAGGACAGGGUUUUUGUAGGCUAUACAGUAAUAGUUACCACAGAAAAUAAAUGUAGACGAAGAAAAAAUGCACAAGCCUUUAUUUGGACAGUGUUUCACUCCAGCUUCUUUAAGCCCUGCUUAAAGCAAAAUGCCUGAGUGAUGGCUUGUUCUGCAUAUUUGUGCCAUUGUUUCCACUCCUAUCAUUAUUACACCCCUCAUGCCACAGUAAUGGCUAGGUGGUGCUUGCUUUCAUACAUGCUAAUGCCAAGGUUAUAUUAAUUCUGUUUUUAAUUAGAUUACGUGAAGGCAAACUGACAUUUGCAUGACUAGGGAAGUCUGGACCAUAGACAUCAUUGUUUAUCUGGAGAGAGUUCCGGGGGUCAACGCCCCCGCGGCCCGGUCUGUGACCAGGCCUCCUUAGGUCAGUGUCCCAGGAUGCGACCCACACCAGUCGACUAACAGACUAACACCCAGGUACCCAUUUUACUGAUGGGGAACAUAGACAACAGGUGGAAAGAAACACGUCCAAUGUUUCUACUCUGGCUGGGAAUCGAACCCAGGCCCUCACCGUGUGAAGUGAGAGCGUUAACCACCAGGAUGGCAUGCACAAUUUCUUCCCAAUAAUGAUAUCCCAGUACAUAAACUAUUAUUCUACACUAUUACUCCUUCAAUCCACAUACUCUCUCCCUGUAUAGCCUUAAGACUAAAUAUUUCAGAGUGUUUGCUGUUUUGGUUAACCAGUAUGUAUUAUAGUUUAGUAAAUCACAUAUCGCCUUACUGGAGUAACACUUAACACGGUCAUAAUGCUUAGGGUUUAAACUUAACAAUCCAGGUAUUAAUAGUGUUGCAUCGUUAAAAAUGUGAGUACUAAAUGUGUUACUCUAUGAUGAUUGAUGUUCAGAUGCUGAGGGUAGUGAUAAUUUAUUAUAUUGUAUUUGUUUUAUUCUUUGGUACCAGUACUUGCCUUAGAUGUUAACAUACUGUAGCCCUUUGAAAAUCUGACAAUAUAAGAUAAACUAAUAGCCGUUUUCUGUCUUUACAGUAUUCACACUCUACCCCUCUUAUUAUAGAAACAGUGACUUGCUUUUCCAUUUUGUCUUUGUUCUUCCCUCUUCUGUGCUUAUUUUAAUGUAUUUUUUUCCUGUUUUGCCUGAGGUAAUAUUCAACCUUUCUAAUUUUUUGUGUAUCACCAAGAGCUAUUGGUGAUUGGUUUAUUCCUUUUCUUCGAUCAAACUUGAUUAACUCAUUCCUCAGGCAUUUUAUGGCCAUUAUGGUGUUUAGUGCUUCCGCAUAAGUAUGAUAAUGCUGGUGGCUAUUAUAUUAAUGUACCAUUAUAGCUUCACAAGCAUGAGUCAUUUAAGAAUUACUGAAGUUGUAAUGUACUUUUAUUACUCUUGACAUAUCAGGGGAAAAUUAUGCAAAACUCCAACCUGUUCAGGAAGAAUUGUCUUAUUAUAGUACCGUAUUGCCUUCUAUAGUAAUUUGUGUAUCAUAACGCUAUUAAAGAAAUAAAAUUUUAAUGCAAAUCA